AUGACAGAGAAGCCUCCAUCGAAAGAUGCCUCCCCCGCCGCCUCUUCCAAGGCGGCGGGCAAUCCAGCGCUUCGAAUGAUGGGACUACCAAAUUUCAAAUUCAAGCUACCCUCUCGCAAUUGGCUUAUCUUUGGGACGAUAACUGGCUCCUUCACUUCGACGCUUCUGUAUGACCGCUAUCACAAGAGGAAAGCGCAGCGAAAAUGGUGCACCUUGGUCUCCCAUCUCGCACAAGAACCUUUGCCUGUCAACAUGAUGCCCCGGAGAAUCACCAUCUUUCUGACCGCGCCACCUGGGGAUGGACUUCGAGUAUCUCGAGACCAUUUUCAUGAGUAUAUUAAGCCUAUAUUGGUGGCUGGAGCUAUGGAUUGGGAUGUCGUUGAGGGCCGCAGAGAAGGAGAGGUAAGGGCAGGACUUGCGGAGAAGAUAAGAAAACUUCGAAAACGAAAUGGCGAGACUUCGCAAGCUGAGUCUAGUGAAGAGAGCCAAGAAGAUUUGUACCAGGAAAUGCGGAAAAUGGCUGGAAUCAAGGAUUGGGAUGGCGUGCAGGGCGAUCUGGUUCUGGGCAGACACACCUGGAAGGAGUACAUACGUGGUCUUCACGAGGGCUGGCUAGGACCCUUAGACGAAGUUCAACCUCCCGAACCAGAAACAACAGAUCUACAACCGCUGGCACCUCACUCUCCAGACUCCCCCCUUCCAGAGAUGCCAGCUUCAGGAACACCCUCCUCUUCUCCACCCCAAACCGACCCACCAACGCCCGAACUUCCGUCUGAAAAGCCUACUGGAAAGCCUGAAAAACCACCCAUCACGCCUCCUUACAUUACGCCUUUCGAAUAUGCGUCUUCGCGAGCGGCUCCCACGCUCCCUACUUCCCUCUCCCCAUCACUGCCCGUCGCUCUUCCCCACCUCCUCGGCUUCUUCAACUUUCCUAUACGCAUCCAUCGCUUCCUCACCCGGCGGCACCUCGCUAACGCCACCGGCGCCUCUGUUGCAGCUCUAGUCCUCGCAUCUCAUUCACGCCCAUUUACCCAAUCCACCGACUUCGCUUCUGCCACCGACCCAGACGACGAUGCCUCGCCCAGCAUGAAUGACCAGACUGAAAGUGCUGUCACGCAAAUAAAAGAAGUGUGGGAGCAAGAAGUGGUAUUAAGGGAGGAAGAGUCAGAGUGGCAUAAGAGCGCUUGGAAGUCAAAUGAGGAGGGAGAUAUGAGGGAGAGAGUGUGGCAGGAAAGGAUGGUUGUUGACGGAAGGAUUGGGAGUAGGAUGAAAUGUUUCGAACUGAGAAAUGGUCAAGAGGAAGAGGCGGCGAAGCUCGAUGCGGCAAAACGACAAGAGGAUGAAGGAUAUGUAGAGAGGGCAAAGAAGUGGGCUGGCUUGGGUUCAAAAGAGAAGCCUGGGUGGGAGACGGGUCUUGAGGGAGAUGAAAGCGCGUGA